AUGUCAUCACUUUUCUCCCAGACUAACGCCAAUGGGACAGUUGCUACCCCACAGCCCACCUGGUUCCAGAACCACAAGAAACGAGUCAUUCCCAACCAUUUGGUUCCUAAAAAGAAGCCUGGGUUCCAAAUUGCAGCUUCGGCGACUUCGAAAAGUAAAAAGGAUUCAGAACUGGGAAAAUCAUCAUCGUCUGGAUCAUCUUCUUCGGCCCUUUUCUCGUCAUCUAACGACCAGUUCAAUAUACUUUCUUUCGGCAGCCAACUGAGGAAGUCUGGUACCGUAUCUCUGGCCAAUGGUAUCGUCGAUAGAAGAAGUAGCGUGGGUACUCUCUUCGACACUACGGCCAAUGAACUCACUCGUUAUGAUGAAACCUUUAACGAAACUGUAGUUGAUGAUCUAUACAAUACCAGUCUUAGCUAUGGCGAAGAUAUGCCUCCUACAAGAUCCAUCCACGACUUGAACAAUGAAAUCUUGAUAUCAUUGAAUAAACCAGUUCAACAAAUUGACUCGUUCAUCAAUAAAGACCCUAAAAAUUUCAACAAUGUCUUCAAUCGUGAUGGCGCUACCAAUGAAGAUAUAGCUGACGUCGAAGAAAGACGAGCUUCCAUCAACCCUAUGGUCCAUAGUGAGUCAGCUAUCUUGGUUUUUGGCUACCCUGAGUCGUUGUCUAACCAAGUAAUUCAGCAUUUCAAGGAGUUUGGUGAUAUCUUGGAAAAGUUCGAAGUCAAUCAGAAAGUCAAUUCCUUACUUAACAACAGUAGCCAAGUCAAGGGCAAGAUUGUGCCCAUAUUCAGUGGCAAUAACUGGGUAAAGAUCACGUUUGACAACCCUGCUUCUGCCGUUGAUGCCUUACAAGAAAAUGGAGUAGUGUUCAAUGGAGUUCUUUUGGGUGUCAUUCCUUAUAGCAAAAACGCAAUUGAAAAGCUCCAAAAACGUAAAUUAACUGAUAGCGAAGAUAUUGGAGGAGGUAACAUUGACUUGUCUACUCUAAAUGUCAACUUGAACGAAGAGAAAGACGACACCAAGAAGUCUAAUACUGCUGCACCUAAUGCUCAAGCAAACCCUACUACCUAUACUACUAGAUUAGACGUUAAGGAUGGCUCGCAGUUCUUUUUGAAGGCGGACGGUGACCAACUUAAAAACAAUAACAACAACAAGGCCAAAGACGAAAAGUUGGGGCUCUUGGGUAGUGUCACCAGGUAUAUCUUUGGAUUCCAUGAAUUGUGA